CAAUAUCAGUAAGUAUCAAAAGAUCGGAACGUCCCUAAAAUCUUUGCAAUAUUGCAACUUAGUGGUACUUAUCAGAAGACUAAUAAAUUUUGUUGAAAAAUCUUCCAGGAUUUUUCAAAUUAAAAAUUCUAUUACGUUCAACUUUAAAUCUGCAGAGCGCCAAAAAAAACAUGCAAAAUGAGAUGGCGUCAGUAAAACAGGAGAGUGAUAGUAGUCCUAAUAACAAUGGCAACCGAGAAGCAGGUAGCAGAAAUGCAUGCUCUCCAACUGAUGAGUUGGCCGACAAUGAAGAAUACUCGGCACUUACUUUUUGUCAAAUAUUCAUCAAAGAAGAACCUUAUGAUGCAGGAGUUUUAGAAGAGGACUCCAGCACACUGCAGAAGAAACCAGUGAUUUGCCACUCUAUCAACAGAACAUCUGACCAAAGUAAUGAAACUAAAGUAGCUGAACUGGAAAUAGAUGGAUCAAACUCAAUAUUUCCGGAGGGAAAAUUUACUGAACCAAAUGAUGAAAUAAAGAUAGAAGAAAGGUUUGGGUAACUUCUACAGAUGUCGGCACUGUAGCUACACAACUCGCCGGUCUUAUAAUUUGAGAAUACACCUUAGAAUACACAAAGGAGAAAAACCUUACAGCUGUAGCUCUUGUAUUUAUAAGUCAACUACUAUGAGUAAUUUAAAGAGACAUGAGAGGUUGACACAUUGUACUAAAAUGAAAACACAACCUUUAAGAAACAUUUAUUGAACAUAAUAUCAUCACACACAUAAAGUUGUGAGCCCUUAUUAUUGUGAGUUC